AUGCAGCCACUGACCACUACCACGACGACGACACGACGACGACGACCACGACCACGAGACGACGCGAGACGACACCAGAGACGACGACGACGAGACCACGACGACGACGACGACACGACAACAACAGCCACGACCACGACCAGACGACGACCAAGAGACCACGACACGAGACGACCACGACGACGACGACGAGACGACGACGACGACGAGAGACACCGAGACGACCCCGACGACGACGACGACGACCACGACGACGAGACGACGACGACGACCACGAACACGACCCCACCACACCACCACCACACCACCACCACGACCACGAGACGACGACGACCACGAACACGACCACCACCACCACCACCACCACCACGACCACGACGACGACGAAGACGACACCCAGACGGGAAAACGACGACGACGACACCGACGAAAGACGACGAACGAGACGACGACGGACGACGAGACACACGACGACAGGACGACGGGAAACGAAGACGAACCGACGACGACGAAAGAGGACGACGACGACGGACGACGACACGACGACCAGACGACGACACGACCCACACGAAAGACGACGACGAAGAACACGCGACGACGACGAGACGACCACGACCACGACGACGACGACGAGAAGACGACAGCGACGAAAGAGGACGACGACGACCAGACGACGACGACGACGACGACGGAACGACGAGACCGACGAGAGAGGACCACGACGACGACGACGGGCGAACAGAGACGACGACGACGAGACGACAAAGACGACGACGAGAACCACGAGAGAACAGACGACCACCGACGACGACGACGACACGCGAGACGACAACGAAAACGACGACGACGACGACGGAGACGCACGACCACGACGACGACGACGAACCAGACCACGACCACGACACCACGACCAGACCACGACCACACGAGCGACGACGGACGACGACGACCACCACGACCCCGACCCACGACCACGAGACGACGAGACGGCGACGGGGACGAAACGAAGACAGACGACCCGACGACGAAGACGAAGACCACGACAGACGAGACGACGACGACGACGACGACAGGAGACGACGAGACAACAAACCACCACGAGACGACGACGUACGAGACGAGAGAGACCACGGGCGACGAAGACGACGACGACGAGACGACACAGGCACACAGACGACGACCACCACCCACGACCGACGACGACGACGACGACGACGAGACCCACGACGACGCGAAAGACGAGACGACACGGCCACGACCAACGACAGACGACGACGGGCCACCAGGACCACACCAGACGACGACGACGACGACGACGACGACGACGACGACACCCACGACACGACGACACGACGACGACAAAGAGACGACGACGGACGACACCCCAGACCACCACACGACGACGAGGAACGACGAGACGACGACAGACACCGACGAGCGAGACGACGACGACGAGACGACGACACGACGACGACACACGACACCACACGACGACACGACGACGAAGACCCACACGACACCGACACGAAAACCCGACACCACCACGACCCCCCACCAAGACGAGACGACGAGAAACGAGACAAACCGACGACGACGACAGAAAGACGACGACGACGACGAAGACAGACGACACAGCGACAGCGACGAAAAGACACACGAGAACGAGACGACACAAACGACGAAGACGACGGACGCACGACACCACGACACACGACACGACCACGACCACGACCACGACGACACGACACAAGACCACCCACACAACCACGAGACGACGACGACGACGACGACGACGAACGGACAACGACGACGAAAGACGACGACGACGACGACGACGACGACGACGACGACGAGACAGACGACAGACGACGACGACGAAGGACGACAGACGACGACGCACCCGAAACGCCACGACGACACGACGACACAGACGACCGCGACGACGACGACCACGACAAACACAGACACACGAAGACCACCACCCGACUACGACGACGACGACGACCAACGACGACGACGACCAGAGACGAACGAGACGAGACGACGACGACGACGACGACGAGACACCCAACCACAACCACCACCACACCACCACCACCACCACCAAAACCACGACACCACGACAAACACACCACACACCCAAAACGACCAGACACCACACCCACGAACCACAAACGACCACCACGAGACGACGACGACGAGAGGCGGGACACGGACGACGACGACGACGACGAAACGACACUCGACACGACACGAAAACGAGGAAAGCGAGACGACGACGACAGCCACGACCACACCACACGAAAACGACCAACCACGACGACCACAGACCAAGACACGACCGACACAACCACCCACAACGACGACAACCCACGACACACGACCGACGCGACGACGUACGACAAACACGACACCGACGACGACAGACUACACCGACGAGACGAGACGACGAGAGACGACGACCACACGACACACCCACCCACCACCACACCACACACGACCACACCAACACGACACGACACCACCCCGAACAACAACAAGACCACGACAACACGACCACCACGACCACAGCACAGACCACGACCACGACCACACGACCACACCACGAACACGACGACGACGAACCAAAGACGACAAAACGACAACACGACACGACGACGAAAAGACCCCAAGACGACGACGACGAGACGACGACGACAGACGACACACGACCCACAAACGACGACACGACAGAGACGACGACGAGACACCCCGACCACCCCACAAACACUAAACCCCCCGCCCACGACCACGAGACCCACGACCACCCACCACAGACCACAAACACGACGACCACGAAAAAACGACACGAAGACGACGACGACCUGA